CAUGAAUUCAUUAAUUUGGAUUAUUAGUAUUCUCUUCAGAAUAUGUAAUUGUUUAGACAAUGGGCUUGCAAGGACCCCGCCAAUGGGAUGGCUGUCAUGGGAGCGUUUUCGUUGUAAUACGGAUUGCACUAAUGAUCCAGAUAAUUGUAUAAGUGAACAACUUUUUCAAACAAUGACUGAUCUUCUUGUCGCCGAAGGAUAUGCUUCUGUUGGAUAUGAAUACAUUAAUGUUGACGAUUGCUGGCUGGAGAGAAAUCGUAGUCCUGAAGGAAAUCUUGUACCUGAUCGGAAACGUUUUCCAAGUGGAAUAAAGGCUUUAUCUGAUUAUGUUCAUUCAAGGGGUUUAAAAUUUGGUAUAUAUGAAGAUUAUGGAAAUUACACAUGCGCUGGAUAUCCUGGAAUUAUUGGAUACGAAAAAGAAGUUGCAUUACAAUUUGCAGAGUGGGACGUUGAUUAUGUGAAAUUAGAUGGGUGUUACGCUCUACCAAUUGAUAUGGAUAAGGGUUAUUCGGAAUUUGGAAACUUAUUAAAUCGUACUGGAAAACCAAUGGUUUACUCAUGCAGUUGGCCUGUAUACCAAAUAUAUGCCGGAAUUCAACCAAAUUUCUCAGCCGUUCAAACGCAUUGCAAUCUAUGGAGAAACUAUGACGACAUCCAAGAUUCAUGGUCCUCAGUUGAAAAUAUUAUUGACUAUUACGGCAACAACCAAGACAUAAUAUCGGCGAAUGCAGGUCCUGGACACUGGAACGAUCCGGAUAUGUUAAUAAUUGGAAAUUUUGGACUUAGCUAUGAACAAGCUAAAACUCAAUUUGCCAUAUGGUCGAUUUUAGCUGCACCGCUGUUGAUGUCCGUCGAUUUGCGAACAAUACGGCCAGAAUUCAAGCAAAUUCUACUUAAUAGAAAAAUAAUUGAAGUAGAUCAGGAUGGACUUGGAAUACAAGGAAGAAGAAUAUACAAGCACAGAGGAAUAGAGAUUUGGUCUAAGCCUGUUGGCCCAAUCUACAAAAACUUUUACUCCUAUGCAAUUGCUUUUCUAAAUAGGAGAACUGAUGGAACACCAUCCGAUAUUUCUGUUACUUUAAAAGAGUUGGGUCUUUUGAACACAUAUGGAUAUAGAGUAGAGGAUCUAUAUGAAAACGUUGACUAUGGAAUACUUUAUCCAAAUACAAAAAUAAAAGUAAAAGUUAAUCCUACUGGAGUAGUGAUGUUAAAAGGAAAAGUGAAAUUUUCAUACAAUUAAGAAUUUAUAUGAAUUGUUAUAAAAAAGAAAGGACGAAUUAAAAAAA